AUGAUUCUGAAAAAAGCUGAGCCAUAGCUAAAAUUCAACAAAUGGAAACAAAAUGCCAUCAUUGUAGCUGGUGGAAAUGGGGGAGAACAAGAAUUAAAUCAACUCAAAUACCCUAUUGGAAUCUUCAUUGACGAAAAGAAAAAUAUUUUCAUUGCUGAUCGAGAUAAUCAUCGAAUUGUUGAAUGGAAAUAUAAUGCAAAGGAAGGACACAUUAUUGCAGGUGGAAAUAAAGAAGGAGACAAAAUGGAUCAAUUGAAUGAACCAACAGAUGUGAUUGUUGAUCAACAAAAUCAUUCGAUCAUCAUUGCUGAUCGUGGGAAUGGACGAGUGAUUCAAUGGUUUAAUCAAAGUCAACAAAUUCUGAUUGAAAAUAUUUACUGUAUGGGUUUGGCAAUGGAUAAACAUGGAUUUCUUUAUGUUUCUGAUUUUAUGAAGAAUGAAGUGAGACGAUGGACAAUGGGAGAAUACAACAACGAAGGAAUUGUAGUGGCUGGUGGAAAUGGAAAAGGUGAUCAACUUAAUCAACUAAAUCUUCCUACUUUUAUCUUUGUUGAUGAAGAUCAAUCUGUUUAUGUAUCAGACUUGUUCAAUCAUCGUGUGAUGAAAUGGAGCAAAGAUGCAAAAGAAGGAACAAUUGUGGCUGGAGGAAAUGGAAGAGGAGGGAAUCUUAAUCAAUUGUCUUAUCCUGAAGGAGUAAUUGUUGAUGAUUUCGGUCAAAUUUAUGUGGCAGAUGGUGAGAAUCAUCGAGUAAUGCGUUGGUGUGAAGGAAAAGAUGAAGGUGAAAUUGUUGUUGGUGGAAAUGGAAAAGGAAAUCAAUCAAAUCAAUUGAAUGAUCCCAAUGGUUUAUCUUUUGAUAAUAAAGGAAAUCUGUAUGUUGCUGAUCAUUAUAAUCAUCGAAUUGCAAAAUUUGAAAUUAUAUUGUGA